CAGGUUGAUAGAUUGAGCCUCCCUCUUACCCAUUUCCUUGAUCUCUCUCUGGGCGGCUUCUGUUUGCUCUGCCCUCUCUCAAUCUCUCGCUCGCUAUCUGUGAGAUUUAGGAAAGAUGGGGCUUUCAUUCACUAAGCUUUUUAGCCGUCUUUUUGCCAAGAAAGAAAUGAGAAUUCUCAUGGUGGGUCUUGAUGCUGCUGGUAAGACCACCAUCUUGUACAAGCUCAAGCUUGGGGAGAUUGUCACCACUAUCCCUACAAUUGGGUUCAAUGUGGAGACUGUAGAAUACAAGAACAUAAGCUUCACUGUCUGGGAUGUUGGUGGUCAGGACAAGAUUCGACCAUUGUGGAGACAUUAUUUCCAAAACACUCAAGGGCUCAUCUUUGUGGUUGAUAGCAAUGAUCGUGACCGUGUGGUUGAAGCUAGGGAUGAGCUGCAUCGGAUGUUGAAUGAGGAUGAAUUGAGGGAUGCUGUGCUACUUGUGUUUGCUAACAAGCAAGAUCUUCCAAAUGCUAUGAAUGCUGCUGAAAUUACAGAUAAACUUGGUCUUCAUUCGCUACGUCAACGCCACUGGUAUAUCCAGAGCACCUGUGCCACUUCUGGUGAGGGCCUCUAUGAGGGACUUGACUGGCUAUCUAACAACAUUGCUAACAAGGCUUAAGAGAUGGGUUUUCUGAAGCUUUUUGGUAGCAUUCUGCUUCAGUUUGGGAAUAUUAUUUGGUUGUUUGAUGUUCGAGGAUUCCAAUUUGUUGUAAUAUUGGCAAGAGAAGAAUGUAUUUGUUUGGUUUUGUAAGAUAAUCUUACUGUAAGAGAAAUUGGCAAAUUAUCCAUAUAUACACCAAAAUAAUUAAUGAUUCACAGUUUCUUAAGUAA